AUGAUAGAAGAUAAAGGAGUUCAAAUUAUUAAGUCGGCAUCUAAGGAACGAAUAGUGUCAUACAGAAUUACUACAGAAAAAAAUAUUCUAGAUGUAAAACAAUAUUUUAAAGAAUUAGAAGUCAAAAUUCUGUGUAUACUAGACAACCAACUCACAAAGCAUACCCGCAUUAAAAUCAAUAUGGAACUUUUUGGUUAUUACUAUAAUCCUACUACUAAUAACCAUGAUGUCAAAUCAUUCAACACACCUUUUAAAGUAGUUUGUAAAAGCACCGAAAUGAAAGAUUUGGUAGAAGAAUUUUUAAUGAUUAUUGACAACAAGGCUGACGUGUUCGAUGAAAAAGAUUCCGGAUGGAUCUUACUUAAUUUUCUUUACUUGGAGAUUAAUAUUAAUAAAUUCAACCCAAUGAGAGCAUCAUCGUUUGUUGAACUUCCUCCUGAGAUAGUACGACGUCAAGCUAUAGUCAACAUUAGAAACAACGAUGACUACUGCUUUGCUUGGUCUAUAGUAGCAGCUCUUUAUCCCCCAAAAGGUGUCGACUUUUUUACAUCAUCGUAUCCACACUAUUCAACAGUUUUGAACACUGCAGGUAUUGAUUUUCCAGUGUCAUUAAAAGACAUUAAAAAAUUUGAAAUUCAAAAUAAUAUAUCGAUUAAUGUAUACGGUUUAGAAAAAUAUUUUAAUAAAAUUUCUAAUAGUGAAGAAUAUGAAGUAAUAGGGCCUUUACAUAUUUCAAGUGAUAGAAAAAAUGUACAUGUUAAUUUAUUAUUGAUAAGUGAUGAUGAUGGAAAUCUUCAUUAUUGCUACAUUUCCGAUCUUUCAAGAUUAGUUUCUAAGCAACUGAGUAAACACCAUGGAAGAAAAUACUUGUGCAAUGGAUGCCUUCAAUAUUUUGAUACAGAACAAAAAUUACAAAACCAUAAUAGUUAUGAUUGUGAUCAUAUUAGAAUUAGUUUACCUUCUAAAGAAUUACAUAAGGAUAAGUUUGGAAAUGUAGCAUAUGAAAAUAUAUUGAAAUAUGUAAAUUAUCAAAAACAAAUGGAAGUCCCUUUUGUAAUUUAUGCCGAUUUUGAAUGCAUUCUGAAACCUUUAAAUAAUAAUGAUAAUGUAGAAGACCCAAAUAGUUCAUAUACUGUAAAAAAAAUUGAACACGUUCCCCAUUCCUUUGCAUAUUACAUAUAAUGUUCAUUUGAUGAUACAUAUUCUAAAUUUGAAAGUUAUAGAGGUUUGAAUAGCGUCCAAGUUUUUAUAGAUUCUUUGGAAAAAGAUGUGUUAAACUUAUACCACAUAUUUUUAAAAAAAAAUAAAAAAAUUAAUACUUUGACGGAAUUAGAAAAAAUUAGACACAACUAUGCCACAGAUUGUCAUAUUUGCGACAAACCACUUUUAGAUGAUAAAGUUGCUGAUCAUUGUCAAAUUACUGGUAACUAUAGAGGACCAGCUCAUUCUUUAUGUAACUUAAACUAUAAAAUUCCUAAUUAUAUUCCAGUUAUAACACACAACUUACGUAAUUACGACUGCCACCUAUUUAUAACAAGCCUAUGUUCAAAUAAAGAACAAUUAAAAGUAAUUGCACAAAACAAGGAAAAAUAUAUUUCUUUUGAAAAACAAAUCCAUGUAGACAAUUAUUUUGAUAAGCAUACUAAAUGUAUUAAACAAAAGAAUCUAUCACUUAGGUUUAUUGAUUCUUUUCAGUUUCUAUCCUUUUCUUUAUCAAAACUUUCCGAUACCCUAAAAGAUGAACAAUGUGUAGAAGUAAGAAAAUUUUUUGAUGAUGAUGAAAAAUUUAGUCUUAUUCGUCAGAAAGGUGUAUUUCCGUAUAGUUAUAUUGAUAGUUUUGAAAAACUAGAUGAACAGUUUUUACCAGAAAAAGAAAAAUUUUAUAAUAGUUUAACAGACCAACAUAUUUCUGACCAAGAAUAUCAAAGAGCUCUUAAAGUUUGGAAAUUAUUUGAGUGUAAAUCCAUAGGACAAUAUUCAGAUAUUUAUUUGAUGUCUGACACAAUACUUUUAGCUGAUAUUUUCGAAAAUUUUCGAAAAACAUGUUUAUCCACAUAUAAACUAGACCCUGCACACUUUUAUACAUUUCCCGGCUUAUCAUGUAAGGCUUGUUUACGUUAUACAGGUAUAGAAUUGGAAUUAUUAACUGAUCCGGAUAUGUUGCAUUUUUUCAAAAAUAGCGUUCGUGGUGGGGUUAGUUCUUGUAUAACAAGAAAAUCUGAAGCAAAUAAUCCUUUUCUUUCAAGCUACGAUGCAUCAAAACCGCAUAAAUACACAAUGUACUAUGAUGCAACAAAUUUAUACGGGUUUGCAAUGUCCCAAUAUCUGCCAAUGGGUGAUUUUGUAUGGUUAACAGAAAAAGAAAUAGAAAAUUUAGAUAUUUUUUCUAUUUCUAACACUUCAAAUACCGGAUAUG